UCAGAAUAGACUAGUUCGCUUUGAUAUGGUCUGUGCCUUCAUUGUGAUUACGGCAGUGUUUGUACUGUUAUGCUGGUUACUCAAGAUCAAUAAGGAAUAUUAUAUCUUGGCCCUGUUUGCCCGUCGAGUUCGAGCCAAGGAUGGACGAUCUGUGGAGAACAUUGCGCCGAUAUUGAAGGGCCGCACAAUCUUUGCAAACUGUUUCGAUCUAUACGGAAAAGACCAUGCUGGCAUUUUUCGGUAUUAUCGUGAUUCGGCUCAAGCAAUGGGCAAAAGCUAUUUGGUUUACGCCUUCGGCUCACCCACGUAUAAUAUCAUCGAUCCUGUGAAUGUCGAAUUUGUACUAAGUCAUACGAGUCUCAUAACUAAGAGCACGGACUAUGACUUUAUGCAGCCAGCCUUACAUAAGGGACUUUUGACCUCAACAGGUAAAAAGUGGCAUACGCGGCGUACGAUGAUAACUCCAACGUUUCGUUUUAAUAUACUAGUUCAAUUUGAAGAAGUCUUUAGAGCGGAAAGUCAAAAGUUUGUAACGCAAUUCGAGCAUCAAGCGGAGAGCAUAAUUUCUCUUACGGAGCUUAUUCCUAGAUUUUCGCUCAAUAGCAUUUGUGAGACUGCCAUGGGCAUCAAUCUGGAUGAUAUGCCUGAGCGAGGCGAUAAUUAUCGAGAGAGCAUAAAAAAGUUUGAGAAAUGUUUUGUGAAAACUUUCAGCAAUCCACUGCACUAUUAUGGCACAAUAUUCAAUAUAUUUCCGCUCAAUGAGAAUAUCCCAUAUUUGCGGGUGGUGCACGAGUUCACCAACGACAUCAUAGCGAAACGCCGAAUUCUGUUAGAGGAGGAGCUAAAUGAAAGACGCUGCAAUCAGUUGCCAGACGACGAUAUUUACGUUAACAAGAAACGACGCUUUGCCAUGCUGGACACACUUAUAUGCGCCGAGAAGGAUGGCUUGAUCGAUCAUGCUGGCAUUUGCGAGGAGGUCAACACACUUAUGUUCGGAGGCUUUGAUACCUCGUCUAUUGGCUUGAUGUUUACCAUAUUCAAUUUAGCCUUGUAUCAAGAUAUGCAAGAGCUAUGCUAUCAGGAGAUAUUGACGCAUAUAGAUGAUCAGAGCACUGUGGAUAUUAAUCAGCUGUCAAAUCUGAAGUACUUGGACCGCUUCAUAAAGGAGACAAUACGUAUAUGCCCACCUGUGCCCGUUAUAGGACGUCAAACAUCUGAAGAAACUGAACUGCCAAACGGCCUUAUUCUGCCUGCCGGCUCACAAAUCAUCAUGCACGUCUUUGAUCUUCAUCGCAAUCCCAAAUACUGGGAUAAACCCGAAGAGUUUGAUCCUGACCGUUUUCUACCAAAGAACAGUAUAAAUCGGCAUCCAUAUGCAUAUAUACCAUUUAGUAUGGGACUGCGUAAUUGUAUAGGUCAGAAAUACGUUAUGAUGUUAAUAAAGACGCUGCUGUGCUUUCUUUUGAAAAAAUUCCAGAUUUUACCGGUUACCGAUGCCAAAGAUCUUGUUUUUAAUACGGGCAUAACUCUGCGCGUUGAAAAUAAUGUUAAGGUGAAACUUGUCUUACGAAAUAAAUAAGAUAAAAUUCAACUCAAUU